GCUGUAUUACGUGUAAUGUGUCUGAGGCAGAUACAGCAAUGGCAGACGAAAAGCCAAAGGAAGGUGUGAAAACGGAGAAUGACCACAUUAAUCUGAAAGUAGCUGGGCAGGAUGGCUCUGUGGUCCAGUUCAAAAUCAAGAGGCACACACCCCUCAACAAACUGAUGAAAGCAUAUUGUGAGAGACAGGGGCUCACAAUGAGGCAGAUUCGGUUCCGGUUUGAUGGGCAGCCGAUUAAUGAAACAGACACACCAUCUCAGUUGGAAAUGGAGGAUGAGGAUACAAUUGAUGUAUUUCAACAACAAACUGGGGGCCUAAUGUAAAUAGUAGCUACCUCCGCCCUCCAUCACAAUGGUACCCAUUGUCCUCCUCUUCCUUCCCCUCCCUCUGUCUAUUGAAUUUUUUUAUAGGCUGAUCUCCCUUCACCUCUUCAAAAACUUACAGACUGAAAUGGCCAUCAGAGUUCCCAAAUCAUAUGGACAACAUUUUUUUUUUUUUUUUUUAAAUAUAUUUGUGUAUGCAUCGACAUGUUUCAACAGACGAGGACCUAAGUCUGUGGAUACUAAAAUGCUUUUGAUCAUUGAACUGGGUGUUCUUUUUUCUGUUUUAUUUUAUUAUGCAGGUAAAUAGAAUUUUGGUCAGUGUCGGUGCUUAAGUACUGUUUGUUUAGAACAGUUGGGCUUUUAUAUAUUGUAUAUGUUGAUGUAGUGCUCUUUUGUACUCUUUUAUUCAGUAACUAGUGUUGUGAAGUGAAAUGUGUUCAUCAAAUUUUGUGUUAAAACAGUUUUACUAAACCACCCUAAUUAAACAUUAUUUGGUCCAUUUGGGUAGAUGAAAUGUCAGUUUUGACUGUAUUUUAAUUUUUGCUAUAAAUUUAAAUAAAGUGAAAUGUAGUCUAAAAUAG